AUGAUUUUUAAAAUUCUUACUUUCUCUCUUUCAUCCUUAUUUUUCUUUGUUUCUUUUCCCUUUCUUUUUUCUUUUUCUUAUUUUCGAUUUUGUUCCUGUACUAUUUUUUAUAUCCCUACACCCUUUCUAUCUUUCCUUUACCACAAUCUAUCUAUCUAUCUAUCUAUCUAUCUAUCUAUCUAUCUAUCUAUCUAUCUAUCUACUUACCUACCUACCUAUCGAGAUAUUUACUUCAUUCAAUUCAUCUAUCUAUCUAUCUAUCUAUCUAUCUAUCUAUCUACUUACCUACCUAUCGAGAUAUUUACUUCAUUCAAUUCAUCUAUCUAUCUAUCUAUCUAUCUAUCUAUCUAUCUGUCUGUCUGUCUAUCUAUCUAUCUAUCUACUUACCUACCUACCUAUCGAGAUAUUUACUUCAUUCAAUUCAUCUAUCUAUCUAUCUAUCUAUCUAUCUAUCUAAAAGAGAAAAUCUGUGUUCAUUUUUCUUUGCAAUGCAUUCAUUUGAGCGUUUCCAUUUAUUAUACUGCGUCACAGAACUCUGGUCUUCUCUGCAAUAAUGGCGCCUCUCUUCUCUCUCUCUCUCUCUCUCUAUCUAUCUAUCUAUCUAUCUAUCUAUUUAUCUAUCUAUCUCUCUCUCUCUCUUUGUCUUUUCUUUAUUAG